ACACGUCGUGAUUUCUUCACAUAAAUUCCUUAUGAGCGUGAAAACCAAUAACACUCCGAACCCAGCGAUCCCCCUGAGGCCCCGCCCACCCGGAGCCCAGAAUGUGACCCGUUGACCGGAACUGAACCAGGACCGGCCCAACCUGGAGACUGACGAGCGCGACCAGUGGGUUGUUCAGGUUGCGGACACUUGACAGACCAUGUGGAAGAAACCCACCCUCCUGCCACCGCCGUUGCUGCUGCUGCUGCUGCUGCUGAUACACAGUGCAGAAGCUGCAGUGGCGUCUCCAUGCUGGCAGGGGGCGACCUUCUCUGAGGCGGUGGUGUCGCCGGCUGUGGAGAGCAGCGGGAUCCUGCGGAUACCCGACGUGUCCACACUGCCACAGUGUGUGGCUGCAUGCUGCGACCUGCCCGGUUACGACCUGGCCUGGCUGUUUGAGGGCCGCUGCUAUAUCCUGAGCUGCCAGCAGAGGGAGAAUUGCCAGCCCCGACAGCGACAGGGCGCCGACUCGUUUCUGGCCUUCCUGCGGCGGGCGUCCCCGCAGAAGCUACUGCUUCAGUCUCUGGUGCGAGGCAAGCCGUACGGUGGCCACUGGGGGGCGCUGUCGCGGUCGUCUGAGGCACCAGGCGACCUGGAGGAUCUGAAGGACCUCGCUCUCUUUGACGGAGCUCAGCCGGACGACUUUGACCCAGGGGUUCUGAGAUAUUCUGACAGAAGCCAGGAGCAGCAGCAGCAGCCACACAGUGGAUCAGAGGCAGACACAACGACUGAUCAGCCGUCUGUGACAGACAGAUACGCCUUCAACCAAUCAGAGGCGGGUGAUGGUCCAGGAAGGGGUGUGGCCCAGAUCCAGGCCUCAUCUGAGGGGAACAGAACGUCAACGUCAGCUGACGACAGAAGCGGGAAAACCACCGAUCGUCCGUCUGCUGAGAAAACUAGCAAAACACAGAGCAGCUUUGUUUCCACGUCACUGACACGGUCAGCCACUGACUCCGCCCCUCAGGACCAAAUAAGGACUUCAGCUCCGACACUGGCUACGCCUCCUCAGCCCAGCAGCAGCAGCAGCAGCUCGACCUCUCGUCCAGUGAUGAUGUCACUGUCAACUGCACAACCUACAGAUAAUAUGGACACUUCAGUUUCCCCUGAAGCCACAACAGAGGUGACAACGAUGAUGCUUCUGGCAGCAGCCACAACUCCACCCACCAAACCACACCCCCCAGCCCAAACUGUGACCUCUGACUUCGCCCCCGUCGCCAUCACUGUCACCUCAUCCUCCCUCAGCAGCGACGCAGCAGCUGAGGGAGCCUCACCGUCUGUUCCUGCCGCAGUGUCAGGGGGCGGGGCUUCAAACCGUGGCCCCACUGCGGUCGUGGGUCCCGAAAGGAAGUUGCUCCUCCCACUGAGUGGCGUGUUGCUUGACGGCAGAGGAAGCACCGAUGACCGCGGCGUCGUCAGCUUCCACUGGGAUGUGGUCAGCGGGCCUCUUGGAUUAAAGAUGGACGGUGUGGACCAGGCAGUAGCUACGGCAACGGGUCUUCAAGUGGGGCGCUAUACCUUUAGACUGACCGUGUCUGACCAGGAGGGGGCAACAGACAGCACCUUGCUGACUGUGCACGUGCAGGAAGCUGCGACUCGUCCUCCUGUUGCUCACGCCAGUGGCAGCCACACGCUGACGCUGCCCGACAACGCCAUUGUCCUGCAAGGCUCUGUCACUGACGGCGACCAGACCAAAGUCCUGUACCAGUGGGUUAGAGACAGCCAGAGUCCAGCUGCCGGGGACGUCCUCUACGGCUCAGACACUCAGUCCACUCUAUUCCUCGCUAACCUGGUGGAGGGAACUUACCUGUUCCAGCUGAGAGUGACCGACGCCCAGGGACGAUCCGGCAUCGCCACGGCAACGGUGGAGGUCCAGCCUGAACCCGGUGGUGGCCAGGAGGUGGAGCUAGAGAUGCUGGUGCCGGUGUCUCAGGUCAGUAUGUCUCAGAGAGACACGGUCGUCCGUCAGCUCGCUGCUCUGCUGCACGUCCUCGACACGGACGUCCACGUCCGAGCUCUGCAGGGACACUCCCACCUCAGCACCGUGUUGCGGUUCUCCGUGCGCGGCUCGCCAGCGCCCCUCUCUGGCUCCACUCUGGUUCAUCAACUGAGGAACCAGCUGCUCGGAGAGAAGAGCGACUUCCUGCUGUUCAGAGUCCUGAGGGUCGACACUGUCUUGUGUUUGCUGAGCUGCUCUGGGCGUGGUCAGUGUGAUCCCAUCACAAAGACGUGCACCUGUGACCCGUUCUGGACGGAGAAUGUGAUUCGCCGUUACCUUGGCGACGGAGAGAGCAACUGUGAGUGGAGGAUGCUGUACGUCAUCCUGACCAGUUUCCUGCUCAUGGUCUUCAUCCUGACCGUCAGCUGGACGUUCAUCUGCUGCUGCAGGAAGAAACAGACCAAGGUGAGGAAGAAAACCAAAUACACCAUCCUGGACAACAUGGACGAGCAGGAGAGGGUGGAGCUCCGGCCCAAGUUCAGUAUCAAACACCGGAGCACAGAGCACAACUCCAGCCUGAUGAUGUCAGAGUCGGAGCUGGACAGCGACCAGGACGCCAUCUUCAGCCGGGAACGACCCACCCGCAGCAAGAACCGGCUCAGCGCUCAGGCUAGUCGCAACGGAAAUGCCUUCGGAUGACGGGAUCACCGACUCAGUGACUAUGAGAGAAUCCUUCUGGGAUGUUCGCACAGUGGGAGAAAAAAAAAAAAAGAUGAGGCUUCUUAAAGAGUGAAGAACUUAAUUCUCCUGUUUCAGCGACAGUAAAAAUGAACCAGUGUCUGACCAGGAGUCAGGAGAGCAAACUCUGCAACUCUUUAAAUGACGACAAAGACAUUCUAGGAAAUAAUUAUCUCCACAGCCAGAAGAUCCACCACUCAACGACUGCAGGUCAGGUACUUGCCUUCAAAUGGUGAGAUGAGUUCAUGAAAACAUUGAAAAU